AUGGACCAAGACAUGUUCGAGUUGGACGAAGAAGCUGGGCUGGAAUUCGCGCCCGAAGGCGAGGCUCAGGUGGUUGCAGACGACCACUACGAAUGGGCUACGCCCACUCUCCUGGACGAAUUCGAUUUGAGCGCCUUUUCUAUGGAGCAAUUCUCGGAGGCCAUCGACCACCUAGUGGAAUCAGGUGAGAUGUCUGCGGAGGAAGCCGAGGAGGUUAUGGACCGUCUAAGGGAAUUAGUUUACCUCCCGAGCAAGCUGCCUUGGAACAGCGAAGGAGGAAUGUUCGGCAGCGACUGGACACUCUUCCCCAUCCGACCGUCCCCACUUCGAAAUCGAGCCAAGAUGGCGAAGCGGAGAACUGCACAAUCUGCCAUAAUGAACUCUUUCAAGUUGGCCGAACUGUUGUCCAGCUCCCAUGCCAUCCAUCCCACCUUUUCCACCAAGACUGCAUCCAACCCUGGAUUGAGCAGAACUCAACCUGCCCACUCUGUCGCGUUGUAG